CCGGUCAGAAGGCAACAACGGAGCACGAAGCAGCUUGGCAGUUGGAAUUCAAAACACGUCUGAGCCGUAUUGGUGGCACAUCUUCGAUCGAAAUUCGAGGCUACGGAGCACUGCUGACAGAACUGUCGCAGGAACUGCAGGCGAUGAGAGAUGAUUUCUCCACCAGAGCAUUCGAAGUAGCGCGAUCACAUACACCGACGAUCACGGAGUUGCACAGCGAUUCAGGCAGUACGCAGAGUGCUGCACCCGCUCAUCGUCAUUCAUACACGCGAACGACUGGCAGCGAACCACGCCGACUGUCGAGCUGUACAGUCACGAAACUAAGCCGAAUUACACCCUCCACGCUCUAUAAAGGUAUUUUUAAAUAUUUGCGAAACAAGUCUGUAUACUCUCCGCACGAGGAUUGGAUCUUUCUUCUGGAGUCUCGUUGUUGCUCAAAAACGGCAACAUGCCUGUUAGAGCAGUUGGUCGGUAUCCAUCCUAUAUUAGGCCCUGUUAUUUGCUAUUUCACGUCCCACCUCUCUGCAGUGUGGAGUUAA